AUGUAUCAGAUAAUUGCCAGACGGCUGGAGAGGAGUAAUCGAAAGGAUGCACACGAGUUGGAAGAGGAUGAGGAGAUUGAUGUGAUUUCAAACGAUGAGAAUUCUAGACUUUCACAGGGUACUAAUAUUAGUGCAUGUAGUUCAUCUCAAGUUAUGGAUCUUUCGGUCUCAUCACAAGCGUCUUGCUCGUCCUUUGCGCGCCCAACACUAAGCAGAAAUUCUUCUCUCAUCAAGUUGAGCCGUAAGCAGAGCAUGGGUGGGUCAGCAACAGAGGAUAAUGAAAGCGAAGAUGGUGAAGGAGCAUCCAGAAAGGAGAAAUCUCUAGGCUUAUUGUGCAAAAAAUUUCUUAGUGCUAUGGGUGAAGAAGCUAAAAGCGGCAAAGAUGUGCACUUAGAGUCAGUUGCCAAAAAAAUGAAAGCUAUGAGCAAAACCAAUAAGAGCUAUUAUAGAUGGCAUGGUCUUGGAGAACUGCCUCAGUUAAUGGCUUUUUUGCAGCAACAAGCAGAAGAGGAAAAUCUUUUGAAUAGGAUUCGCCGAGUGGAACAAGCGAUGUGUAGUUUUACUGAACUGUCUAGUAACAGUAAGCGGUCGAAUGGUGACAUCGUUGGUACGUUGGUCAGCAGCAGAACAGGAGCACGCAGUGAGUCGUCUGAAAAUCUCGCUACGGCACAAUCAGAUGUGCAUGGUUGUAACAGUCCUCCUAGUCUUCCGAAGACUAAUAGUGCUAGGGAUCGAAAUAGCAAGAACUCUCUAGCGCAGCUUUGUAGACGUUUUUUGAUGGUGCUGCUGUGCAACCCGAAGGAUAUGCGGCGAGUUAGUUUGGAUGUUGCAAGUACGGUGCUGAUAAAAGACCCAGAAAGUGAGGGCUUUGAGCCACCUAGCAGAAGUCGUUGUCGGAGGCUUUAUGAUAUUGCCAACGUUCUUGUGGCCAUGGGUAUCAUUAAAAAAGUACAUUAUCUUUUUGGGACAAAAAAAAUUCCUUUAUUUGUUUAUUCCGGGCCGGAGCCGGAAGCAGAUGCAAACUGUUUUUUGGAAAAGGAUGGAAAUAAAGAGAAUUUGGUUAGACGAGCUGCGGCAGAGGGAGGUGAAGGAAGUUCAGAAAUUCCGAGAAAGCGUCCCAGUUAUGUUGACCUAAGGGGUUCUAACAAUAUAGCGCAGAAGUCAGAGAAGAGUUUUGUGAAACAGAAAUCAGACCUCGAUUUACUGGCAGUUGCUUCAGAGCAAAGAAGGAAAGAAUUUAUUGAGACUGAAAAAGUUUCCCAAAAAGCUCGUGAAUUUGAAGAUGAAAAUACUGCUCCAUUAAAUCAGGCAGUAAAAAUGGUGCGGAUGUCUUCUGGCACCGUUAUUGUGAAACCAGAACCGAAAAAGCUGGUAAAGCCUGAAACUUGUUCUUCUGCAGUGGAGGUGACUGAAAGUUCUCCAGAGCGUGGAAAGCGAGUCAUUUUGAAGUCGUCAGAGAACUGUCAUCUAUUCGAUCCCAAACAACCACAUGCUUUUCAGAAAAUUGAACAGUUCCAUCCCAGCUUAAAUUUUGGUUAUUUGCCUGGUUCACCUCUUCUUACUAAUCUGAAUCUCCGGCAAACUAAUUGUCAAUCGUUAGGAAUCCUAUCAAAUUAUCCUGCUGUACAGGCUUUUGCAUCUGCGUAUUCUGUAAAUGCGUUACUUGCGGCACCUGUUACUGCGUCUGCAAACCGAACACAGCCCUACACUGUCUUACAGCCUAAACGUACUGAAGGUGGAAUAUCGUAUGUUUUCAAAAAUUCUUCUGUUUAG